UUCCGUAAAUAACCCCAUGCAUCCCGUAACACAAUAUGCAACCCAAAUAAGAAAUUACAAGUUUUGUUUAUACUCGCGUCUAGUUACACAUUUUCUUUAUUUUGUUUUAAAUACAAUAACACACCAUGAAUACGUGGAAAGAGCAUUGUGUAGGCGCAUUUAAAGCCGGAAUUGCUCUUACUGGCUUCUUGAGUUCAUUUUACACUAUGGUUGAUUUAAUGUUUUUCUUAUCUAAUCCCAAUUUUAGUAUUGCACCCAACAAAACAGAACUAUCAAAUGUAUCAUGGACAUGGGCAUUAAUUAUGAAUACUUUAUUAGUUUCAAUUUUUGCCCUACAACACUCAUUGCUGGCAAUGAAGCCUGUAAAAGAUUUAUUCAAAGAGUAUGGUUUAAGAGAUAUUGAAAGGAGCAUUUACAUCAUCACCACAUCACUUGCACUUGAAUUGCUAAUCAAAAACUGGCAUUACACUCAUAACAAUGUCCUGUGGCAAUUCUCAACUGAUAACCACUCUACUUACUGGUUGUAUAUUCUUGCACAUGCAACUAGUUGGAUAUUAAUUUAUAUUGGAAGUGUCUGUAUGGAUAUUAAUGAACUUCUGGGAUUAAAACAAAUUUAUUAUUCACUGAGAGGGUUUCCUGAUCCAUUAAAUUGCAAGUCAAUUGAAUUGAGAAACUUGUAUGCCCACAUGAGGCAUCCCAGCUUUAUUGGAUUUAUUAUUAUAUUUUGGUUCGUGCCAGUUAUGAGAUUUGACAGAGUUUUACUGGCUGCAUUUCUUUCUCUAUACAUGUACAUUGCCUGGAAGACUGAUGAUAUGGAUUUAAAUUAUCAAAAGUGUCAAAUUAGUAGAAAGUUUCAAUAAUAUUCUUUAUUGAAAA